CGCGGUCUCAGAUUUCUUGGCAUCAUGCUCGGUCGCCUCGUGCUGCGCUCGACCGCGCUGCCCGUCCAAGCCCGCCUCACCCAUCGCCACCACCACCAGCACCAGCAUCACCCCUCCUUCAUCCAUCAUCCUAGUCCACCGAGUGCUCCAAGUCGUCGUUCGUUCUUGUCAUCGGCGCAGGCGGAUCGGCCAUCGUCGCGCCCACCGGUCGCUGCCGCUGGCCCAGCUGGAUCUGCCGCUGCCAAGACACUCACGGCCGAGCUAGAAGCACCAUCAUCACGCCAAGCAUUGCGGCCCACAUUGGCUGAUGCACACGUCAAGCGCAGCCAGCCUCGUGUGCCUCCCACUGCUUCGUCGUCUACUUCUUCUUCUGCUGCUGCUGUUGCUGCUGCUGCUUCUGCUCGCAAGCGUGCUAGUGCUCAAGUACCAAGCAUACCACUCAAACCGACACCGCGAGAUGCAUUGACAGGGAGUACCACGCUGAAUCCAGCGGAUCAGAGUGGCUCAGACAGCGCAACAAGCACACUCAGGUCCACCAUCGGGAACGCGCCGCCGGAUUCAGACCAACACCCCAAAGCUUACCACUUGGACAAGCUGCGUGCCAGCCCAAAGCGCAACGAACGGGCCAUUGACAAGGAAGUGGAGGCUGUGCACGCUGCAAUGGCCCUUGAUUCGCCACUGGUUAGCGCGAUGCUGCAGCAGGACGAUGCCCGGCUCGCCGCGCUGCUCUCGGAGGCAGACUUGGAUGCCUGGCGCAGCAAGUGCGAUGCUUCCCAACACGUGCCAGGAAGCACAUCGCUACUGGAUGCGAUCGGCGCGAAAUGCUACCCAUUAGCACGCACGAUUCUCGACGCGCUCCCGAAAUCGGGCGAGGCCGCCCGUCAGACCGUCGUGCAGCGCUACCUCAAUGUCACCAACUACAAGAAUCAAUCUGCACUGCGGCUGGCUGUCUCUCGGGGUGAGGUGGAACUGGCAAGCGCCUUGUUCGGUGCAGGGGCGCAAGCAAUCCCUCACCAGACCACCUUUGUGACUCUGCUGAUGGAAGCGGUCUGGCGAAACGACAAACCCAUGAUAGAGCUACUCUUGAAACGGUCGGACAUCCCGGUGGAUGCUGUCACCCAUCAGGGCUACUCUGCGCUGCGAUAUGCCGCGGCAAUGAGUCUGCCCGAUGUCGUCGAUCUGCUGUUGCAAGCAGGCGCGCAACCCGAUCCCUCCGACCCUUCCUCGAUGAGCGUGCCGCUGGUCGCGGCGGCUGGCGCAGGCUGUCUCCCCGCCGUUCAGUUGCUGUUAGUUGCUGGAGCCGACGUCGACUUGUGUGACAGUAACGGCCGUUCUGCGCUCGCCUCUGCCGCCGCCCUCGGGUAUCACGAGAUUGUCAAGACUUUAAUUUAUGCGGGUGCAACCAUCAACCCGACCGUGCCGCCUGCCUCGAAGAAUGGUGCUCCUCUCAUUGUACCAUUGCAUGUGGCCAUCUUUGGUGGUCAUGUUCAAGUAAUCCAGCUCCUUUUGGCCGAGGGGGCUACCUGUCAACCGCUGACUGGCUCCCUCGAGGCGCCGCUCCCGCUUGUCUGGGCCACACGGUAUUGCAAAAUCGCAGAGAUCAAAGCUUUGCUUGAGGCCAAGAUUUUCGACGUGAACGCUUGCAACUCGAGCAGUGCGACGGCCUUGGAUGAUGCUCUGCAGUCGCGCCUGGCGACUUCCGAGCAGGUCGUUGAUCUACUGCUGCAACAUGGCGCCAAUGCCGCAUCUGAAAAUUUGCUAGUUUUGGCCGCCAAGAGCGACAGUCCCGCCAAAGUCAAACGGUUGGUGUCUGCCGGUGCGCCUGUGGAAGAGUCAGGCGCUGCUCUUGCUGCUGCGGUUCAGUCUUUAGGCUCUGCGUCCUCUGAGAUUGUUACACUGCUGCUUGGUGUGCACUCGGAGAGAAGGAUCUCCGUGCCCCUUGCGAUACUCCAGCAGCUCUUCCACCAUUCCGUCAAGAGCCAAAAUGUUGCAAAGGCCAAACUGCUUCUCGGCGCUGGCAACCUGGAUGUGCUCCUUCCAAUUCCGCCCACAAAGUUGCCGCCAUUGCAGGUUGCCGUGCGUGCCGGCAAUCUGGCAAUGGUGAAGCUGCUUUGCGAGAAUGGAGCUAAUGUGAAUGAGCUCGUGCCCGUUUCUCCCAAGGGAACUUCUGCUGCUGUGUCUUCUUCCUCUUCCUCUGCUUCUUCUUCUUCUUCUCCUUCUUCUUCUGCAGCACGCGAUGCUUAUGCGAGUACGGCAGGCACACGUCAAACAACUGCGCUAAUCACAAGCAUUCAGAUGAAAUCCGACCAAGUGACUGCAGAACUUUUGGCCCACGGAGCCAAUCCGAAUCUCGCUGCAGCGCAAGGAAUCAGCCCGCUCAUGCUCGCGGCGGAAGCCUUGUCUUUUCCCCUGGUCGAGAUGUUGUUACGCGCGGGUGCUGACGUACUCGCUCGCGACAGCCACAAUCGCACCGUUCUCAUGCAUGCUGCCCGCUCUCGAGCUGCAGGGGAGGCGUUUGCCAAGGUCGAUCGACUCAUCAUGGAUGCGAUCAAUCGCGCUGCGCCAGACGCCACACUUGCAGCAAAGAUUGGGUUUGAUUCGAGCUCCAACAACAAGCAUGGGGUAGCGGCACACUCGCAACUCACCGUUCUCGUGGACGCAAUCGGCUCCAGUCAACACAAAGCCCUUGAUGCCUUGCUCAAGACCUCCACCCUGUCUGUCGAUCAACACGCCACUCUGUUACACGAGGCUGUGAAGCGGAAUCGUGUCGAGUGUGUUCGCGCGCUGCUCGACAAUGGCAUUUCCCCGAAUGCUCGCCCCCCAGGCCGCAUGGGCUCGGCUUUGUUGGUGGCGUGCGAAGAAGGAUUUCUGGAGCUCGUCGAGCUGCUGUUGCAGCGCGGCGCUCACGCGAACGCCGCGACCGACCAAGGGUGGACGCCGCUCAUGGCCGCCGCAUUCCAAGGCAACUAUGGGGCGGUCGAUUUGUUGGUGCGCCAUCUCACGCCUGGCGACUUGGCAGCCAUCAAUGUGAGCGGCUGGACGGCUUUGCAGACCGCCGUCAACCAGGGCCAGUUGCGCACUGCCAAGCGCUUGAUUGAGGCAGGCACAUCUCCCGAUUGCCAACCUAGCCUCCUGGCCCCGUCCCCAUUAUGGCUGGCCAUUACGAAUUCAAAUGUUUCGAUGAUUGCUAUGCUGUUGGAUUGCCAGGCAAAAGUCUAUCGGCCCGGUUUCCGCUCGCUGCUCGAACAUGCCAUCAAUAGUGGCAAUUUGAAUGUGAUUCGCAUGAUCUGGCAAGCCAACGUUGCCAAUCCUACCGCGUCCGAUCCAUUCAUGUCCGAUGCGCUGUAUCUGGCUGUUCGGCGAGAUGCGGCCAGUACGGCAAGCCUCCUAGUCGAGCUCGGGUGCAACCCUGCCAAAGUUUGGCCUCUCGUUCGAUCCCGCCGCACCAGGUAUUCCAUGAUGCGAACACUUGCAAUGCUUGAGAGUCGCUCCCCUGCCCCGGCCAAGCGCAUUGAGGCUUGAGUGGAGAUGCCUUACUUUGUUGCAUUUGAAAUCCGUCCGUUCAAACCUGCCCCCAAGAGUCUGUUACUAUCUUUUCCAAACAAAGCACUUUUGGCCCAUCGUUGUUGCCGUCAUUUCGCCCAUCUUUCGUGUGUUCAAUUGUG